CCGGCGCCAUGUGGAAGCGCCCUAUGGGUAGCGCGGGGCCCGGAAGCUGCCUGUCCCGAGCCGGGAUUUGCUUCCGGCCUGAAGCUGUCAGCGGCGCCGGGAGAUGAGCAGGUCAUCCUUCUGUAUUGGUUGGGGCCUCUAAAUGCUACAGGAUUACAAAGAAGAAAUAAUACUAACAUAGUUAAGACUCCCUAUCAAGCUGGAUCGUUACAGUCCCACAGGAAAUUCUAAACACCCAAUGUGGUGCGACAGGAACGAUCUCGCUGACCAGUCAUAUCCAGCAUUCAUGAAUUACUGCACCUCAGUAUUUUUUAGGAAUCAGUAUCCUGGUACCUGGCAGGGUUAAACCCGGUUCUUUAUGUGAUUGCAACAUGGCAUUUUCCUGUUGACCACAGACAAGGAAAAAACUGGUCAAGUGCAACAGGUUGCAAGUGAUACAGUGACGAGCUCACAGAUGCUGCCCCGAACGCUACUGGGCGUUGUCGUUUCGGCCGAGGAUGAACAAGCCCAGAGACUCUCAGCAUGACCUGGAGCGGAGCCUCCCAGCCAUUGCGUCCAUGAGCACCUCCCUCUCGCAGAGCCAGGGCUUCUCCCCGCACUGUUACUUUCCGCUGGAGAAGAGGAAAGCCAUCUCGGACGUCAGGAGGACUUUCUGCCUCUUUGUCACCUUCGACCUGCUGUUUGUGUCUCUGCUGUGGAUAAUUGAGCUGAAUGGGCAGAAAGGAGAUGAUCGGAGCUGCAUUUCCAAUUCUACGUGCAGCCCUCACCGGCCUGGCCUUAUUUAUUAUGACUGGAUCCCUGAGGACAUAUCAGCUAUUAUCUUCAUGUCCUGUUUACCUCGUUCAGAGUCUGCACUUAACAAUUUAUCUCAGUCCACAAUUCAGUUCACGCCACCUGCCAGAAAUGAUACCAACAAUGGCAUUCAGAAGAACUUGGAGAUCGAAAUCAUUGAGUACCGGUUUAAAACCUCAUUCUUUGAUAUAUUUGUCUUGGCUUUUUUCCGGUUUUCUGUGUUACUUCUGGGCUAUGCACUCUUAAAACUGCGCCACUGGUGGGUCAUUGCGUUCACGACACUGGUGUCCAGUGCCUUCCUCAUCAUGAAGGUCAUCCUCUCUGAGCUGCUAGCCAAGGGGGCCUUUGGGUACUUACUUCCCAUCGUCUCUUUCGUUAUCGCCUGGCUUGAAACUUGGUUCCUGGAUUUUAAAGUCCUAUCUCAGGAGGCAGAAGAGGAACGAUGGUACUUGGCAGCACAGGCCGCAGCCUUCCGGGGCCCUCUGCUCUAUCCCGGAGCCCUCUCUGACGGGCAGUUCUAUUCCCCUCCGGAGUCCUUUGCAGGAUCGGACGACGAGUCUGAUGAAGAAGCUGUGGGGAGGAAAGCAUUAACAGCCCAGGAGAAGGAAUACGUCCAACAAGGCAAAGAAGCUAUGGAGGUUGUGGAUCAAAUCCUAGCCCAGGAGGAGAACUGGAAAUUCGAAAAAAACAAUGAGUUUGGCGAUGUUGUUUACACCAUUGAAAUUCCUUUCCACGGCAAGACCUUUAUUUUAAAGGCCUUCAUGCAGUGUUCUGCUGAAACAGUCUACCAGGAGGUGAUUCUCCAACCUGAAAGGAUGAUCCUGUGGAAUAGAACAGUGGCAGCUUGCCAGAUCUUACAGCGGAUUGAAGAUAACACCAUUAUCUCCUACGAUGUUGCAGCAGGGGCUGCAGGGGGUGUAGUGUCACCCAGGGACUUUGUAAACGUGCGUCGCAUUGAACGAAGGCGAGACCGCUACAUUUCCUCAGGGAUGUCAACCACUCAUGGUUUGAAGCCUCCGCUGUCCAAAUACGUCAGGGGCGAGAACGGGCCAGGAGGCUUCAUUGUACUGAAAUGUGCCAACAAUCCCAAAGUGUGCACCUUCAUCUGGAUCCUCAACACGGAUCUCAAGGGUCGGCUUCCCCGUUACCUUAUCCAUCAAAGCCUGGCAGCUACCAUGUUCGAGUUUGCAUUCCACCUGCGGCAGCGGGUCAGCGAGGUGUCGGGCAGGCCUUGAGCAGCAGCGCCUGAACCUCCACGGGACAUUCCUUCACCCUCUCUCAACGCAGAGUGGGGAACAACUUCCAAGGGGCUGGAGCAAGCCUGCCAGGGAGCCGCCUGUGUGGAAUGCAGACCUCUUCCCUCCCCCCAGGAAGGGCUGAGUCAGGCCAUGUACCAGGGAGGUGUAUCUCUGCAACAGUGCUAACACUGGGGCAACCUUUGCAGGAAUGCAGAAAGGGGGGUGGAUGCCUUGAGAGGCCCGAGGGAUGCCUCAGUCCCUCCCCACUCCCGCAGAUCCCUUUCUCUUCACUCCUCCAAUCAAGGAUCAAACUAACUGAGCUGCUAUGGGAAUCAGCAGAGACUUUUGUGAUUUAAACAUGUGCCAAACCCCUUUGUUGAUCACUUUGUUUUCCCUCGCCAUACCCAGCGGAAGUGGCAGUUUCUGGCUGGAUAAACCCACCACUUCCCCAGUUUGUCUCCCAUCCUUCUUUAAAAUGAUCUGAUAAUUGGGUGUGACUUUCAUCCAUCUGGAGCUCCUGCAUUUACCUAAACGCCUUGUGGAGGCAAGGGAAGGGUGGGGCCAGGCAUCCCUGUUCAUUUUGCCGCUGGAGGAUGGUUAAAGUGGGAAAUGGAGGAACUCUCACCAUCAGGUAGUGUGCGACGGCCUUUGCUUCUGAUCUGCUGCCAGGCAUUGCUUUACGUGGCAUGGCUGGUAGCUCGCACCCUGCGGGCACUUGGCUGCCCCUUGUCAUUCCUCAGCUGCCAGGGAUUGGGAUGUGCAAACACACUGAUAAGUGUAUUGCCAGGCAGUGGCAGAUCAGUUUAGGCCUAUGUGGUCCACAGAAGGCUGUGAAAUAUAGCCAGGGCAGCGUCUCUGCAGUCUAGAAUGGUUCUGCAGCCCCAGCUGGGGUCAUCUCUGGGUCUCCAAUGUGACUGGGCCUGGGGGAAGGGCACCCCCAAGCAACCCGCCCCUGGUAAAACACUAUUCAGAUAACAGCUUCUCCAGCUCUCGCAGCUCUUUCCCUGUUGAGAAGUCAUGUCCCUACGAGCUCCGGCAAAGGGCCUCCGAGCAGUGGAGCCUUGCCAAGCCUGUUCCAUUGCCGUAGUUCACUGACGUGCUGGUGAGAGAACGGUUCUGAACUCGGAGAAGCUUCGCUCGAUUCCAGGAAAUGCUUCAGGCCGGGAGUGAGUGACCUUGGCAAGUCCCUUUUGACUGCGUAGGGCAGUCAAAGGAAGGCGACGGCUACUGGGCCUGUGACCCCGUUUUCAUAACGAAGUGUCGUAGUCCCUGCUCUGGGGUUAGAGUAAUGCCCCUGAGCAGGAAGGAGAGGGGAGUGCAGGUGAGGGGGGAUGAUGCAGCCUUAUGAGGCAGGGGGAGGAAGAAAUUCUGACCUCCGCUUGUUCACUGGUUUCAACGAGCCUAUGAAACCAAUCUCCGUCCUGUCUGUUCAGCUUCUUUACAUCUGAAAAUACAGUUAACUCACUCCCCUGACCCCGAUUUCCCCCGCACGGCGCACACAGGGACGUGAGGCUUUUGAACGAUCGCCUCGGUGUGAAGCGCCUAUUGGGGACCUCAUGCACCCCCCUGGGGACUGUGGUGAGUUCCAGGGGGGUUGUGGUUCUUCCAUGGCGGGCAGGGGCUCCCCGUGAGCCUGGUUAGAAAGCCUGUCGCUCUAAUAACCUGCUGCCUUCCGCCCGGAACCUUUGUACCUUCGUCUAAUAAAAACCUACAACAGAAAAGA